AUGCCACGUCUGACUCUUUUAGAAGAAGUCCUAUUAUUGGGAUUAAAAGACGAACAGGGUCAUUUAUCAUUUUGGAAUGACCACAUCAGUUACGUUUUACGUGGUUGCAUUCUUCUCGAGCUGGCAUUGAGGGGCAGGAUUGCCAUGGUUAAGGAUCCCAAUAGACGACAUUUUGAAUUAUGCGAACGGAUGAUCGAGGUGAUCAAUGACCGAAACACAGGUGAAAUGUUGUUGGAUGAGACUCUCAAGUUGAUGAAGGCCAGUGAGCCAAUGAGUGUACAAACUUGGAUUGACCUAUUGAGUGGAGAGACGUGGAAUGUACUCAAGCUAGGAUAUCAGUUAAAGCAGGUCCGAGAAAGACUAGCAAAAGGAUUGGUAGACAAGGGUAUCCUGAGAACAGAAAAACGCAACUUCUUGCUGUUCGAUAUGGCCACCCACCCGCUCGCCGAUCGUCAUUGUAAAGAGGCUCUGCUGGACCGGGUGUGUUCAUCACUAGUAUCCCGCCAUUCAAGUCCCCCAAACGGCACAGACAUCGACAAGGUCUAUGGCUACUUGCGAACGACUACUAUGGUUUGUAGUGCAUAUGCAGCAAAUGUUCUCGAGAAUGCGCUGAUGACACUUGACUACGAGUCGCGCGAGAAGGCGUACGCAAAAGUCGAUGAAUUAUUAGCAGAUUUCUCGGUAUGGCCAUUGACCGGCUCAGGUGCCCAAUUGCAGAUUCCAGAUGGAAAAGCCCUGAGUUUUGAAGUGAUCCCAGCUGUCCUAAGUGUCUUUACCAAGAUGGAUUCCAUUGUAAGUCUAAUAUACAUUAUAUGGGUCUGUGAAAUGUGA